AUGCAACAAACUAGAACCCAACUCACUCUGUUCUCUGUUUCCAUUCCACCAUGACCCAUCCGAUUCUAUUGCUUGGAAUUUUAUUAGUAGCAUAUUUUAGUCACUCUCAUGCUAAAAAUGUCUUCUUACAAUACUGGGAAGAGCAUAUUGUUCUUCCACACCCUCCACAUUGGUUAGCUGCAAAGGCUUCUCCAUUAAGUCUCUAUCAGACAGCAUUGUUUACAAAGCUUAUGGAGAAAAAUGAAUUAACUUUCCACCUGCAUUCAUUCUGUAAGCAGGCUAAUAUUUCUUGUUCUGCAAAUGCACUAGUGAAGAAGACACCAGAUGACACAACCCUGCCACCAAUAGCUCAAUGGAAUGAUGCCAAACUGAAAUAUGAUGGCCUUCCAAAUGAAUCACCCUUGUCAAUUGCCCGACAAGGAGGAUUGCUAUUCUUUCGCGAAUCAAUGGUGAAAGAGGGGGGUUUCUUGCUUGUCCCUGAUCUAAGGGACCCAAUGUCAUAUAACUCAUUUUUGCCGCGACCUUUAGCUUCAAAAAUCCCAUUCUCAGUCGCCCAGGUCAAGGAAUUGAAGAAGCUUUUUGGUGUUGUGGAUGACUCAAACAUGAAUGAGUACAUUCAAGACACCCUCAAGAUAUGUGAAAAGAGACCCAUUCAAGGUGAGCAAUGCACCUGUGCAACUUCUGCUGAGGAUCUCAUUGACUUUGUCUUUGAGAAAUUAGGGCACCAUGUAUCCAUAUGGAGUACUGAGAAUUUUGAAGGAUCUUAUGAGAAUGUCACAAUUGGAGCUGUGAAACUCAUAUAUGGAAACUUCUCUAAACCACCAGCCUUAUGUCAUAGUCAGCCAUUCCCAUUUCAAGUUUAUUAUUGCCAUGUUUUACAGAAAAUAAAAGUAUUUGCAGUUCAUAUAUAUGCCCAGAAGAAAGUGAAUCAUGCAAUCAUGGUAUGCCACUAUGAUACCUCAACUUGGAAUCCAAACCAUUCUGCUUUUAAGCUUUUGGGUUUUGGACCAGGUCUAAUUGAAGUCUGUCAUUGGAUAAAUGAGAAUGAAAUGGUCUGGACAAAGAAUACUCUUGGCUGAGCAACAUUUGAAGACUUGAUUAUCUUCUAAUUCUCUUAUUUGUAUUUCAUGUUUCUGCUUUUGCUAAUUAAAUUAAGAAUAAAUAAUAACCUAUUUUUGCUUGUUUAUUAUAUCUUUCAUGUUUCAAUAUAAUUUUGUCCUUCAAUUGUCCAGCACAUGAUAGAUGACAAACCUGAAAUGAAUGAAAAACGUAUAUCCCAUAAAGCUGAUUGUAGAUCUCAGGCCCCUUGAGCCCAAUAGGGCUGGCUAUUCAUGAAGUCUGCCAAUUCCUUAGAAUCUCAUGACCCACCUUGAGCCCCAAUUCUUCUGUUGACCAAAGGGUGGGCUUGCAGCCUUGAAUUGGUGAUGACCUUUAGUUUCCUCUUAGGUUUUCCCUUAUAGCUUGACUCAGAUGCAGGGACUGAUGGUCGUUUUGUUGGGGAGUUUUAACUCCUCGAUUCCUUUCAUUAUGGUAUUGGUCUGACAAGUUUCUGGAUGACUACUGUAAAGGUUAGGCUAUCCCACAUAUUCAUGAUGGUGAACAUAUUGAUUAUAUUUUUGACGUGAGGCUGUUAUUUAUGCGUAGAAAAUGAGAACCUAAAAUAAUGCAAAAACGAAUGGAAAUAGCAAAUAAACAGUCACCUAGUCAUGCACAAAGAUUUAUUUGGUUUUACAAGAUUGUCUACGUCCAUGGUGAGAUGAGAUCUGUUUCACUAUUAAUGGAGAAUAGGGUUACAAUUGCUCGUCCUUACACCUCUGACAUAUCAAUUACAUAAAGAACAUUUGGUACAAAUAUACGGUGAAACCGUAUAAAUGCAAUUAUCAAAAUAACCAUACAGCCCUAAAAACAUUUCUUGGGGUACUGCCACUCCCUAUCUCCGCAUGGACACACCAAUUCGUCGAGGCCUUGCCAAUAACAGAUAACACAUAAGGUAGGCCGAUAUGCUGGGUCUCAAGGCCACGGGCCCUUGGCCUCUUAAUGGCCCGUCGGAAUCAGUCCACUCAUGCAACUAACAGAAUACAAGAAAUCAUCCCAGCUAUGUUCUCAACCAUUCUAGUAGAUGAAGCAAUGGGGAUUUGGUCAAGGAUCCUUCAGGCUAUUGAAGAUAGCUGGGGCCAUUUUUCAGUGUUUUCUCUUGUUUCUUUUCUCUUUUUUUUCUGGAAAUUAUUUUCCCUCAGCAAUCAAGGGGAGCUGGUUCUCUAAACUUUCCUACUUUUAGGUGAGGACAGGAAUUUCGAUCUCAAGGCAGGUUUAGAUGAAACUGAGAUAUGAAUCGAAACCAAGAACCAUUACAAGAAAAAUGGGCAUUCGAGACACUUUUUUCGCGACGGAAAAAAUUCUGUCGCUAAAGAACCCAUUUGAAUGUCACUAAAUAUUUAUCAUUCGGGACGGACAUGUGCCGUCGCGAAAUUUGGGACAAUAUACUUUUGUCUCUAUUUUCAUUGAAUUUACGACGGAUUAUUUUCCGUUGCAAUUAAACUUAAUUGGGACAAAUAUAGUUUUGUCCCUAUAUCUUUAUCAGUUGGGACAGAUAUAUUGUUGUCGCGAAAUUUGGGACGGUAUAUUUCUAUCACUAUUAUGAUAUAAUUACAACGGUUUAUUUUUCGUAACAAAUAGUAUUAGUUGGGAAAGAUAGAAUUCUGUCGCUACAUAUUUAUUAUUGGAGACGGAAAUAUUUUCGUCCGUAAUGUCAUAAAAAAUUACAUUUGAUAAUGCUGACUAUUUUUCGAUAAGUUAUUUAUUAUUUGUAACGAAAUUUUUUCCGUCGCCACAUUUAGGAAAGAUAAUAAACUGUCUCGAAUCAAUUAGACAUAUUUAUAUCUAUUAGGAUGGAUUUUGUUUCCGUCCCCAAGUAAAUCAUUUAAGACAUAAUAGUUUCGUCCCUACAUAUCUAAAAGUAUAAAAUAGAAUAAAAAGCGUUAAAUUUGAAAGAAUCGAAUUCUAUACGAUUAAUUCGACAUUGGAGACGAAAAUUUUCCAUUGCAAAAUUGGAGAUGGAUAACUAACUUUCCCUAAAUUAAAGGAAUUUUCUUUCCAAAUCUGUGCGCUCAAAUCUUGGAAUCACGUUAAAUUUGAACGAAUCGAAAUCUAUACAAUUAAUUCAAUACAUAUUUAUCAUUGGAGACGAAAAUUUUCCAUCGCAGAAUUAGAGACGGAUUAUUAAUUGUCCCUAAUUUAAAGAAAUUUCAUUCAAAAUCCAAUCCUAAUUUCCUUCCCGCUUACCGGCGUGCUCAAAUCUCUCUAAAAUCCGAUUUUCAUAUCAAUACUUUCUCUCUCUCUCUCUUUCUCUACAAACCCUCAUAUCUCCGAACUCCAAUCUUGCUGAGAUGUAGAUGGAUUUCGUGGCUAUGAAGGGGCAGCCAACCUGGAUUUCACUGGGAAUAAGAGGGUUUUUUGUGAGAGUUUUCGGAUUUUGAGUUUGGGUUCUUCUCCUUCCCAGUUUUGUGAGUUGCAGAAGAGUGAGAGAGGGAUUUUGGGUUGAAGAUGGUCUUCUUGAAUCUGAUUUUUCCCCUUUUUUCUUUUUUUCUUCUUCUUCCUUCCCUGUUUUGUGAGUUACAGAAGAGUGAGAGAGGAGCUUUUCGGGCUUAGGAGUCUGAGAUUUUUGCUAAAAAAAAAGAAAAAAAAGUGGAAUCCUCUCUUGCGCCAAGAAGGGGAACCUUCUUCUCUGUUUUGGGGAGUUGAAGGUUAGGGAGAUAGUGAGGUUGAGAGGGUUUGGGAGUGAGAAAAUAGGAGGGAAAAGAGAGAGAGAAAAAAAGAAGGAAAAAGGGUAGGGAUCUGUGAUUUCAGAAUAGGCUUCCAUUCACAUGGUCUGUCUCUUUAAAGUUCAGAUUUUAAAGAGACAGGGAAGGGUUCUUCUAGGUUCCCAUUGAGUUGCAAAUUUGAAAGAGAGAGCAAGAAUGAGAGUGAGGGUUAGAGAAGAGUGAAGGAGAAGCUAUUUCGCUGGCUGGGGGAGAAGAGGUAGCUCUGAUUCUAGUUGACUGAGAGGGGCUUUCAGAAAGAAAUCAUAGCAAGAAGAGGGUUUCAAAGGAGCUGAUUUCGCAGGUUAGGAAAAGAAAGAGUAAAGGAUAGAAGGGAGAAUGGAAGCCUUGGAUCACAGCUCGCCUAGGGAUUUCAAGCACUGAAGUGCUCUAUUAAUCUAUUUCUUCAAUUCUGUGAGACAACUGAGAUUUGCAAUCUUGAAUAGUCAGUCAUCGAGAGUAGGGUAAAAUUCUGCCAAUUUACUCUCUAAAUUCAUUAUUCUUGAUCUUUUAAACAUGUUAAUGAUAGCUUCAUAUAUGGUAUGGCUGAGAUCAUGGAAUUUGUUUAGAUGAAUGUGAGAAUUUGUAGGCAGUAAACCUAUUUUAAUCUGAUUAUUGGAUGAAUUAAAUGGAUUAAUCUUGAAAUUUUAUCAAAAUGUGUAGUGGACUUUACCUUUUUAUUUCAUAAUCUGAGAAUGAUUAAUCUGACUUCAUUUCUCCUUUUUAAUCUAGACUUAAUUCGUUUGCUGUUGUCCUUUUAGUUCUUUCUAAGUUCUUAGUAGGUACAUGCUCCCUUCACUUGUAUCUUCUCAUUCUUAAUGUGAAAGGUCCUUGGGCAGCAAUAAAUCUGACCCAUCUUCAGAAAUGAUGAACAUGGAGUUUAAUCAUGUUCAAUUGUCCUCUAAAUUAGUUCCUUAUGUAGUGAUACGAUAAAUGCUAAAAAGGAUCCAAAUGGGUAAAACUGCUAUCCAAAUCCCCAUUCCCUGUACAUUUUGUAGCCAGAAUCAUUUGCAAAGGAAAGGGUCUAAUGCUUAACCUUUUUUUUUAGAAAAUUAUUUAGCAGUACACCGCUGCCUUUAGCCUGGAAAGACAACCUGAAUACAGGGCCAUGGCCAAGAUAUUUCUAUCCAUCCUCAAGAAGAAAUAAUCAAACAAAUGAACCCCAUCCCCAAUGACUUUCUUUAUCCCUAUCAAGCAUACUAGACUACUCUUGCCAUGGAUGAAUUUUGCUUUCUUUCUUUGUUUCUUUCUCUACCUUUUAGUGUCUGAUUAUGCUUCAAUCUUUGAUGUAGGGGGUUCCUAGGUGACUAGGUCUCUUACAAGAAUAACUAACUAGGUAGGGUCAACUCAAGGAGCUUAGGUAGAUAGGACAAAGAAACUCAGCAAACAAGAUUAAGCAUGCAAGAUAAAAUGAGACUAACAAACAAAGUAGCC